AGCUGUCCUGAUGUCCCUGUAAACUCAUCCUGGAACUUCAUUUGAGGAAAGGAUCUACUGAAUCAAAAGCUUCCUUCCCAUAACUUCCCUCAAGAUGGCAUCCGAUAGCCCCGAGUCACUAAUGACCUUGUGCACAGAUUAUUGCCUUCGCAACUUGGAGGGGACUCUCUGCUACCUACUGGACAACGAAACUCUCCGGCUCCAUCCUGACAUCUUCUUGCCAAGCGAGAUUUGUGACAAACUUGUCAAUGAGUACGUGGAGUUGGUGAAGACGGACAGCAUCUUUGAACCCCAUGAAAGCUUCUUCACCCUGUUCUCAGAUCCCCGGAGUACCAGGCUAGCUCGGAUCCACUUGCGGGAACAGAUUGUGCAGGACCAGGACCUGGAAGCCAUCAGGAAGCAGGAUCUUGUUGAGCUCUACUUGACUAACUGUGAGAAGCUGACAGCCAAGAGUCUGCAAACCUUGGUGAGCUUCAGCCACACACUUAUCUCCCUGAGCCUCUUCGGCUGCUGUAAUAUCUUCUAUGAGGAGGAGAACCCUGGAGGCUGUGAAGAUGACUGUUUGGUGAACCCCACUCGCCAGGUCUUGGUCAAGGACUUUACUUUUGAAGGCUUUAGCCGCUUGCGCUUCCUGAACCUGGGCCGCUUGAUCGAAGGGGUAAAUGUGGAGACGUUGCUUCGGCCUUUGGCCUCCCUUGCAGCUCUUGAUCUCUCUGGGAUCCAGCUGAAUGAUGUGGGAUUUCUGACCCAGUGGAAGGACAGUCUGGUUUCCUUAGUGCUUUACAACAUGGACCUUUCAGAGGAGCACAUCCAAGUGAUCGCACAGCUUCGCAAGCUCAGGCACUUGGAUAUCUCCCGAGACCAUCUGUCCAGUUAUUACAAAUUCAAGCUGACCCGGCGGGUUCUAAACCUGUUUGUGGAAAACUUGGUGAACCUCACUUCGCUCGAUAUCUCAGGGCACACCAUGCUGGAGAACUGCACUAUCCCAAGCAUGGAGGAGAAGAUGGGCCAGACAAGCAUUGAGCCAGCAAAGAGCAGCAUUGCUCCCUUCCGGGGUCUGAAACGACCACUCCAGUUCUUGGGCCUUUUUGAAACAUCUCUCUGCCGCCUGACGCAUAUUCCAGCCUACAAGGUGAGUGGAGACAAGAACGAAGAGCAAGUCCUGAAUGCUAUUGAGGCUUACACAGAACACCGGCCAGAAAUCACUUCCCGGGCCAUCAACCUCCUUUUUGACAUUGCCCGUAUUGAACGCUGCAGCCAGCUGCUGCGAGCCCUUCAGCUGGUGAUCACAGCCCUCAAGUGCCACAAGGAUGACAAAAACAUCCAGGUGACAGGCAGCGCAGCGCUGUUCUACCUGACCAACUCCGAGUACCGUAUGGAGCAGAGUGUAAAGCUGCGGCGCCAGGUCAUCCAGGUGGUGCUGAAUGGCAUGGAGUCCUACCAGGAAGUCACAGUACAGCGAAACUGCUGCCUGACACUGUGUAACUUCAGCAUUCCUGAGGAGCUGGAGUUCCAGUACCGCCGAGUCAACGAGCUGCUGCUGAACAUCCUCAACCAGAGCCGGCAGGAUGAAUCUAUCCAGCGCAUCGCUGUACACCUCUGUAAUGCUCUGGUCUGCCAGGUGGACAACGAUCAUAAAGAAGCUGUGGGCAAGAUGGGGUUUGUCAUGACAAUGCUAAAGUUGAUUCAGAAGAAGUUGGCUGAUAAAACGUGUGAUCAGGUGAUGGAGUUCUCCUGGAGUGCCCUCUGGAACAUCACUGAUGAGACCCCUGAUAACUGUGAGAUGUUCCUUAACUACAGCGGCAUGAAACUGUUCUUGGAGUGCUUGAAAGAGUUCCCAGAGAAACAGGAGCUGCAUCGCAACAUGCUGGGCCUCCUGGGCAACGUAGCAGAGGUGAAGGAGCUCCGCCCGCAGCUCAUGACCUCCCAGUUCAUCAGUGUGUUCAGCAACCUGCUGGAGAGCAAAGCAGAUGGGAUUGAGGUAUCCUACAAUGCCUGUGGUGUGCUCUCCCAUAUCAUGUUUGAUGGUCCAGAGGCUUGGGGUAUAUGUGAGCCCCACCGAGAGGAAGUUGUGAAGAGGAUGUGGGCAGCCAUCCAGAGCUGGGAUAUCAACUCCAGGAGAAAUAUCAAUUACAGGUCAUUUGAACCAAUCCUUCGACUUCUUCCACAAGGGAUCUCCCCAGUCAGCCAGCACUGGGCUACCUGGGCACUGUAUAACCUGGUCUCUGUCUACCCUGACAAGUACUGCCCACUGCUGAUCAAAGAAGGUGGGAUUCCCCUUCUGAAGGACAUGAUUAAAAUGGCCUCAGCACGGCAAGAGACCAAGGAAAUGGCCCGGAAAGUUAUAGAGCACUGCAGUAACUUUAAGGAGGAGAACAUGGACACUUCCAGAUAGAGGCAAUCAUCUAAUGCCUCUUGCCAGCACUGUAUCCAGCUUCUCUCUAAUUCACUGUAUAUAGGGAGGACUCUUUCUUACCAACUCGCCUGUUGGAAGGAAACUUUAUGUGUGUGUGUGAGACCCUCAGUAGAUGAAUGUGAACAGGGGAGGGGGGAGGGACUUUUUGCACAACAAAAUGCUUUCCUUAAAUUAGUGGACUUUUUUGUUAUGAAGUUUCAGGUUGAAGUUCUGUGUGUAUGAUUUCUGUAUAAAAAGAAAACAAAAAACAAAGACAACUACAUUAUGUAUCUUUUAACCUUUUUAUUUUAGACCACACAGAGAGCCUCAAAUGAUCAUGAGCUUGAAGACCUAGUUGUGUGAUUGCUAGUGUGACAUUUUUAUUUCCCACUUUUUAGAAAAUUCCCUUUUGCUGUAUUGCAUGAGGUCCUGUAAUGUCUGCAAGAACACCGGUCCUGAAUUGGCAUUGGCUGCUCAAUGGGAUUACAGGCAGUGAUGAGUUA